AUGUCCAAUGCUUCAGACUCUGAGCUGCCUCCAGAAACCACAGAGCAGACAGAGACAAUACCUAUCGCGGACUUGGAACCAUCUCCUGACCUUCCUCCCUCUCCUCCUUCUCCUCUUCCUCCUCCUCCAGAGCAGGAAUGGAGCCCAGUUUCUGAGCCUACCAGGAUAAAUGCUUCCUCUUUUUCCUUUACUCUGCAAGGAAUCGUUCCUGUGAUCGUGGGAAUCUUCACCCUGCUGCUCUUGAUGUUGUGUGGGUUCUUUGGAUAUCAGUACUUUCACACUGCUGAGGCAUCAGCAACCGAGAUGAAGAUCUUGAACGAAUGGAUUGAGUCUUUACAAAACAAAACCGAAAAUUUCCUAAAGAUCCAAAAAGUUCUUGACCGAAACAAAGAAACCCUAGAGUGGCUCCAGAGCCAGAAGGAUUAUCUCAUUGAGGCUUUACACAAACUAAAGGAAAAACAAGGAGUCGAGUGUGGACGUCUUCUGAAGCACUGGGUUCAGUACAAAGACCACUGCUACCAUCAAACCAUGGAAAUGGUUUCUUGGUUAAACUGUUCUGAUCUGUGUGUCUCUUUGAAUGCUACAUUUUUUAAGACAGAAGGGAGUAGAUUGGAGAAUAUCAUGAAAUUAAUUACAGUAAAUCAUACUUGGCUUGGCCUGUCUUACAAGGAGGAGGACAAUAAAUGGAAGUGGGAGGAUGGCUCCUCUCCUUCUCCUGAGCUGGGUUUGCCAGAGCCAAGUCUGGAUUUCCAGGGAAAAUGUGUGUAUGUAAAUUCACACACUGUUGGUACUGAUAACUGCACUAAGUACUCUUCAUGCUUGUGUGAGAAGAGUGUCCUCUAA